GUUAACCAUGAAGUGCAACGAGAGAGCUAUGACGUUACUGGCACUGGUCUUCGGGACCGUAGCCACCACUGGACUUUUCCUCGCUCUUACCACCACAUACUGGCUCUACACGACAGAGAGACCGGAACAACUUUCAUCGUCGGCGGCCAAGGAGAAGAAGAACACCACAAGGGAAGAGGGGAAUGUCACGUAUGCCCAUCUUGGUCUGUGGAGAGUGUGUUUAUAUUCCAAACAAGACCCGGAUAGACCCUCAGAAUGUGCCAGCAUCGACUACUUAAGUAAGGAUCCGCCACAACUUCUGGGGCCCGAGAGGAAAAAACUGCCGUCAGAAAUAACCCUCGCUCUUGCCAACCCGGAUAGACCCUCAGAAUGUGCCAGCAUCGACUACUUAAGUAAGGAUCCGCCACAACUUCUGGGGCCCGAGAGGAAAAAACUGCCGUCAGAAAUAACCCUCGCUCUUGCCAAGGGCACAGGCAUCGCCGCCCCCCUAUGCACUAGUGGAUUGGUCCUCCUUUUGAUUGGGAUAGUGAUUUCUGCCAUAGGCAUCGUGAAACGUGAUUUCAAAAUCCUGAUCGGCUCAGUGUUUCACAUACUAGCUGGUUUGUGUCUCGCAAGUGCCGUUAUAAUCUAUAUAUCCGCCAUCAACGACGAAGUAGCCCACAGACCUCAGCCACAACCUGACGAAAACCCCGAAAACUUCCAAUUCAUAUACACAUACGGCUGGUCGUUCUACUUUGCCGGGUUUUCUUUCAUAUUCACGGAGCUGGAUGCCAUAAUAUCCAUCUUAUUAUAUCUCAAACGGUACAAACAUCUCGACGACAAGAUUCAGAUGGUGCCUGGGUUGUAUAGAAAGAUUGAAAAGCACAAUAAGGGGGGUCACACCAACCAAAGCUGUGAUACGAGCGUUGAAGCCAACACCAGCACGCGGGGUUCACCGACGCUUAUUCUGUAGCACGACAGGAUGGAAUCACACUGCGGAUACUGCAAGAAGAGAAAGAUAAUUGUAUCUUGAAACAAUGGAAUAUACCUACCAAUAAAGGGAAGUAAUGAGGUAAAAAGUAUAGACUUCUUUGCAGUGCGAAUACAAGACAUUGCUCGUUAUGUUACAUCGUUUGGGCUCCGAACCCGUCAUCAAAACUUCUUCCUAGGCAGUCAGCCUUUAUUUAGUUAAUCGUUCAUAAUAGACUGCUUAUCACGAACAUAGUAAAUUUGUUUAGAUGAUCCCAGUUUAGGAGUUUCCAUUUUGAUUGUGGUCCUUACUAUAUCCAGGUGUGACAGGAUUGGUAGUCCGCUAGGAACCGCAGUCCGUUUCCCAUGACUACGUACAGGUGACAGUCGUCCCAUAUACUAACCCCAAUGCUCCGACUAACCCUUACCGGUACAUGUACUAAUCAUAUUAUAUAGGACCUCGGCCUUCCAUUCUCAGGACUACCAAUCCAGUCACUCCGGUAUGGAUCGAAACCACGAUCACACCCCACUCAAUUGAUAAUGAUUGAAAGAAAAUUCGGUGGAGAUUUUCGAAGCAAUUCAGAACCUGUAUGUUACAUAUGUGUACAUAGGGGGUAGUUAUUCUAAAAUGUUAAAAUAUCAUCGAAAUAAUAUCAGAACUAUUAAAUUGUAACUGUAUUAUUCGAGUUUUACCAAUGAUGUCAAAGGUCUUUCUACUUCAAUAUACCGGUCGAUUUAUGAAAAAGACGGGUAAGUCGUUUUGCACUUUAUUACCGGUACAUGUAUAUAUUUAAUCGGUUUGUAUAUACACUUUUUAUAUUUGAUUUCAGAUUAUUUAAUUAUAAGUUUUACUGUAUUAUGAAAAAUGUGAUAAGAUAUGUACUUAAUUAAGGGCAUUUGAUUGUGAGAACUUAAUUGUAAAUAAUGCCUGCAGUAUGAAAAUGAUUUCAGCAUUAGUUUAACACGUGCACAUUUGUUGUAUUACAUGUAUAGGCCUACCAGUGUGCUGCAUGCAUUGUAACAUAGGCAUACAUAGAUACACUAUACUAUGAAAAAGAUCUAAAAUCAAAUGUACUUUUUUAUGUUUAUCUCCAAGAAUAGCAGAAGUACAAGAGUCCAAGUAUAGCAGAGAUACAGCAGAGAUAGUAAAAUAGAAUAAGUCUUUACUUAAAGAACAAAUAACACCUGUCACAAACGAAUGAUAUUUUAUCUCUAAAUAGUCUAAACAAUAUUUACAUGUAUAUAACAUUCGGCUCUUACAAUGCAGGCGAUUC